CCGCAAACGGGGGGGAGGCGGGCGGCGCGUGGCGCUUGGGGAAGAAGAAGGAGGCCAGCGAAUUGGCGUAAGCCGCUUUGGUGAAUGAGGAGGAGGAGGCCGCGGCAGGCGUAGUGAGUAGUAGGAGCCCAGCCAGCUUCCCGCAGCAGCAGCAGCAGCACUGCGGAGUGGGAGGAGGCGGCGGCCACGGCGGCGGCGGUUUGGUACCGAGCGGAGAGGGAGAUGCACACGGCACACUCGGGCUGAGAUUUCUUGCUACAUUCAUAUGCAGAACAAAGACAUUUUGUAUAGUUUGUAAUGUUAAAAGAGCACAGAGGAGUAGGGUGUUUGGAAUGAAAGUUUUGUGUGCUCAUGCAUCUGUAGUUAACCCUGCUGUCCUCACUUCUUUCUUUUGAAAAUAGAAAUGACGGUACAUAUGCACACACAGUUUUGCCUCAUAUGUUUGCUGACGUUUGUCUUUCAUCAGUGCCACCAUUGCCACAGCCAUGGUGCAGAAAAGGGCCAAAGUAAUAACCACAAUAGCGAUCAGAUCUCAGACACACCAUAUCUCCAGAAUGGUAGGACAGAACCUGCACCAAAUAAGGAGGCUGAAGAGGAACAGAAAUACUAUAUUGAAAAACUCUUUGAGUGUUAUGGUGAAAAUGGGAGAUUACAUUUUUGGGGACUGGAGAAAUUGCUGACGAACCUUGGGCUUGGCGAAGUCAAAGUAGUGGAAAUAAAUCAUGAGGACAUUGGUCAUGACCACGUCUCUCACUUAGAUCUCAUAGAGGUACAAGAAGGAAAGCAUUCUCAUUCCCACAGCCAUCCCCAUCCCCAUAGUCACUCAGGUUCAGAAAAUCAGACUGUGAAUGAAGGGCCUACCAAAAGAAACCAGAAGUGUGACCCUGAAAAAGAAGGAACAGAGCCGUCCCUAAAACCUGGUGGAAAACAUACCCGUGGCCAUAACAGUCAUCAUAGGCACCGCCAGCGCUACCGCUGCCAUCACUCGCACCAUCACCUUGGCCAUAAUGGCAGCCAUCAUUCUCAUAAUGACUCCAUUAGUGCCAGCGAUCAUGGGGAACCAAGUCAUGAGCCUUCAACAGAAACCAACACUACUCAAGAACACUGUGAAAUAAAACCAUGCAAAGAAAAGAAGAGGCGGAGAGACAAGAAGAAGAGCAGUGAGAUCCCAAUUGAAGCAACACAGGAUUUUGCCUCUGAUCAUGAUUCGAAUGAGCAAUACAAACAUAACCGUGUUCAAAAAGAAGAUCAUGUGCAUGAAGGGUCUCCCUCGCAUGUGCAUUUCCAUGAUAAUGACCAUUCGGCCGCUCAUGGGCACCGAGACCCACAUCCUGCCAGUGGAGCCAGCCAUCGACAUGCUAGCAAGCGUGAAGCACCUCAUAAUCACAAUGGCAUGAAGAGGCAUCUUCACAAGGACCGUAACAGACAUGAAGAUGAUCACGAAGAGUGUUUAAAUGUCACCCAGCUGCUAAGGCAUUAUGGUCUUCGCCCCAGUUCUCCCAUUUCUCCAAGCUUGUUUACAUACCUGUGUCCCGCAUUGCUGUAUCAGAUUGACAGGAGACUUUGUAUUGAAUAUUUUGAGGAUUUACUGAUUGAAGACUUGAAUAAAGGCAAAAAUGCAUCGCUUGGGAGCAUGAAUAAAACAGGUGCAUCAGCCUGGAUUUGUGGCCUCAUUUCUAUCACAGUCAUUAGCCUGCUGUCCUUGCUAGGUGUGAUCUUGAUCCCUAUAAUUAACCAAGGGUGCUUCAAAUUUCUCCUCACCUUCCUCGUUGCUCUUGCAGUAGGAACAAUGAGUGGAGAUGCAUUGCUUCACUUGUUGCCACAUUCCCAAGGGGUGCACAACCACAGUAACCAUGAUGGCCAAGGUCACCACCAGCACGAACAGCAGCAUCUCCAUGGGCAUUCCCAUGAACACGAGGGACUGGUCCACAGCUUCCUCGAAGAGUAUGAUGCGGUAUUGAAAGGUCUGGUGGCUCUUGGUGGGAUUUACCUUCUGUUCAUUAUCGAACACUGCUUAAGAAUGUUCAAGCACUACAACAAACAAAGGACUAAGCAGAAAUGGUGUAAGAAAAAACAGAUUAUUGAUGAAUCGCCAGUUGGGAGGAAACUCUCAGAUCAUAAACUAAACAGACCCGAUGCUGACUGGCUUCAGCUCAAGCCUCUAGCUGGGGCAGAUGAUUCUGUUUUAUCCGAUGAUCGUCUUAAUGAAACUGAACUAACUGACCUAGAUGGGCAGCUGGACUCCCUACCAAAGGCCUUCCUGUCUGUAGAGGAGGAAAACAGUAUGCUCCACUCCCAUAAUGACAUCUCCCAUGCCGUUCGGGACAACGAUCUCCCUGAGGUGGGCUUCCAAAGCAACCACCGAGCAGAUAAGAACGCAGUGGGGAAGCACAACCACCUCUGGUCACACAAACACUCACACCACUCCCAUGGACACUGCCAGUCUGGGAAGGACCUGAAAGACACCGGCAUUGCAAAUAUAGCCUGGAUGGUCAUCAUGGGAGAUGGAAUCCACAAUUUCAGUGAUGGUCUGGCCAUUGGAGCAGCUUUCAGCGCUGGCUUGACGGGAGGAAUCAGCACCUCUGUAGCAGUAUUUUGUCAUGAGCUUCCCCAUGAAUUGGGUGACUUCGCUGUGCUUCUGAAAGCAGGCAUGACUGUGAAGCAGGCCAUUGUUUACAAUCUCCUCUCAGCCAUGAUGGCUUAUGUAGGGAUGCUUAUAGGAACAGCUGUGGGACAGUACGCCAAUAACAUCACCCUCUGGAUCUUUGCCAUCACUGCUGGCAUGUUCCUCUAUGUCGCCCUUGUAGAUAUGCUUCCAGAGAUGCUUCAUGGGGAUGGUGACAACGAAGAGCAUGGUUACUGUCCCGUGGGACAGUUUAUCCUCCAGAAUUUAGGAUUGCUCCUGGGAUUCGCCAUUAUGCUGGUGAUUGCCCUUUAUGAAGACAAAAUAGUGUUGGACAUCCAGUUUUGACCAUUUGCGGUACUUAGCUGUGGUUACCACCAUGUUACUUACUGUAUGGCUUUUCAGUCUGCACUGUUGUACUGUAUGCACAUUUGUUCCCAGGCAAAGCAGUAUGGCGUGCGCUCCUUUACAAGUAACAGUAUUCUGAUGUCUGCAGAAACAAGGUCCUGCCUUCUAGCCAAAACAAACACUCAAGCAUAGAAACAAAAGACUUGGUUAAAUGAGGUACAGCUCCCCAAAAAUAAGAUUUAGGCUUGAUGUCAUUUCUAAUCAGUCCAUGUUGGAAGCAGGAGAUCCAAACAUAAUGCUCAGGAUGCUGUUAGCAAAUGCAUUGGAGGUUUUUUUUUUCCCUUGUCAGCUUGCUGUUUGCACUGUGCUGUCAAAGUCAGAUCGCUGACAAAGCCUUUUGUGUAAUAUUUAAGCAAAUUAUGACAUGUUUGCUCUCUGCCAAGAGCCAGAGCAUGUGUUGCAAGGCGUGGCAUCCUUACCAGGUGGUCCAUGGGCCCCUGAGCUGGUUCUCAGCCUCCCACUGUGCCACACACACUUAAGACAGCAACGAGAAAUCCAGAAAUGCAUGAAUAUUCUAGGCGGUUGAGGUUGCAUUUUCUUUCUUCUUUUUUUAAAUUAAAAAUGAAGAGUUUUUUAGUGUGUUGUUGUGAAUUGCCUUUUGGCCGUAUCAAGGGUGCCUCCCUGCUCUGGACAUUUUUUCUCAAUAGUGUUCAGUCAGCUGUUCUUUACUAAGCUGAAUGGUUGGUGACCAAAGUGAACCCAUGUAUUCCCCUGGAUCAAACCCUUCCCUUCAGUUUCCUCAUCUUUUACUUAAUCCUUUUAGAGAAGGAAUGGGAAUUGUGAGUCCUCCAGAGGUUUCUGGACUGCAUCUCCCAGCAUUUCUCACUAUUGGGUAGCUGGGACUUGCUGCCCAGCAACAUCUGGAAGACUACACAAUACCUACCCAUGUCUCAGAGGCAGGGAAAAUUUGAUUGUCGAGUCUACAACACCCAGAAUCCCCCUAGUCAGAAGUUGGGAGUCCCAGGAAUUAACUUUUCCCAGCUCAGAAGGUCUUUAGAAGUUCCCCUUUCUUGCAGGCAUCUCUGUAGUUUCAAGCAGAUCCAAGAGCCCCUUCCCUUAGAUGUUAUUCAUGCUUUUUGCUGCAUGGAUGUCUUGAGAGCCCAAGAAAGUGGGCUAUGUAUUUCUGCCUCAGGCAUUAGAGGUCAGGGUUCCCAAUGGUUAGGAGUUUUGGGAGAUUUGACAGACAUUAGGUAUUACAUUUUAAGCUUGUAGACAUUUGUUAGCAAAAUGCCAAAUCUUUGAUUCUCUUGUUUUCUCUGGUCCUUUUCCUGCAGUACCAUAUUACGUACUAGUGCUGCCCAAAACCCAAAAUACUGAACCGUUCGUGCUUUGUGUUUUUUUCAUCCCCUGAUGAAGCACAUGUAGUGGAUGUCUUUGGUCACAACAGCCAAAUUUGUUUCUGCAUUUUAACGUUAGAAUCCAUGUUGAGAAAAGCUGAUCCAAGAAUUACAGCAGUGUUUCUCAGAGGCAAUCCUGGUGGCUGUUUACCUAAUUCCCCAGAACAGUUUUGAAUGUAUUACAUUGAAUGCCUUUGCCACCUUUGCUUCCAGCCAUUGCUAAGAGUUCAGCAGAUAAUAAGGCCCAUUCUUUGACAUUGGCUGUGUAGGCAAUUUUUGUUACUUUUUCUUACAUGAGACCUGCUCCUAUGUUGCUGCUACAGUUGGGAUUUUGUUCUGUAAAGUAGGAACCCCAGUCACCUAGUUGAAAAGGCAAGCCAGGUGUCUUGCCUCUCAGAUGCCAUUUCUGGGGAGCAAAGGUAACCUUAUUGAGAUCUUCCACAUUGUCCACAGAGUUCCUGUAUUAUUGGAGCAGUACAGGGAAGAUGUGCACCACAGAGGAGCAGUCCCUUACAUUAUAAUGGAGCAUGCUGUAGACUCCGGGUGCAUGUAGCUUAGGAGGAUAGGCUCAACCAGAAGGCUUAACCAGCAGCGAUCAGCUUUAAUGCCGCAUUUUUGGGUGCCAAGCAGCUUGGAUGACUAUAAUCUGAUAAUGGGCACUCAUAAGAAGUGCUCACUCUGUCCACCUUCCUGUUUGAUGUUUUGAUAACAGCCUAACGGUACUAAUCUUAGCACGGCAGUUGGUUUCUCCCAACACACCGCCCUCUCUCAGUUCAUCUCGGUACAGGAGCUCAGCUGAAUAGGUACAGAUUGGCUUUUGUACUAGUUAGGCUCAGGUCAAGUUGCUCCCAAAGAUGAUCUAGCUUGGAAAGUGGAACAAGACCCUCAUUCCAAAUUAAAACCACCUUUUCUUUUGGAUCUUUCCAGUUCAUUUCUGUUGUCAUUCCUUUUUAAAAAAAAUAUAUGUGACUACUGUUGUCUACUUUAAAGGUGUGUUAGAUACCUUUUGUUGGGUGUCUUUUUGUGGUGGGGGAGGGGGGAUUGGAAUCGUGUUAAAUAUUGACCACAUUUUUGACCAGUUCAUGUUCAGGCUCAAAUCCAGUGUCCUGUCAGCACAGAGAAAUUGCUCAGAUCACUGAGAGUCUUGCAAUUACAAGCACUACUCCGUUGCCCUUGACUGACUUCCUCUUGCCCUUCUCACUUGAGAAGGUGGAAUUUUUAAUGGAGACAAAAGGAUACUGAACUUCCCUUGAAAUCAAUGGUACUUUCUCUUUUCCCUGGAUUAGGGGUUCUGACCAUUGUCAUUAAAUUUGCCAAAUAAAACGAAGGGUCCUGGCAUUGCUGAAGCAGCUGUUUUUUAGGCAAGAUAAAUUGGGUGGGUGGGAGGGAGGGAUGGGGAGAUUGCUUUUUAAGGUUUAUUUUUGUAAUUAUGAAUGAAACUUUCUCUACUUCAGGUAGUACCUUUCUUCCCGUUUUGCUGGCAUGUGCUAUCGUGUAAUGUUGCCUUGUCUAGGGAAACAAAAACUUAAUUUCUCAAUAAUAAAAUGUCUUUUGACAGAGAAAACAAAGCUACAUGAGUCAAACUGAGACAUUGUAGGAUUUGUAUUUUCCCUUCCAAUGGGACAGUUCCUCAUUUGUGUGUUCUGCUUUCUGAAGCAACCGUGGCUUCUUCUGUUUCCUUGAGUAUUGAAUUCCCAGGAUAUUUCGAAAUUGACAGUUCGAUGUCACACUGGGGACAAUCGGGAUUCCGCUACAUUUCUAUCUGGCUUCAUCAUUCCAUUCUGCUGAAGUCCAGUCUCAUUUAAAUAUGUACUUGUAGGAGGACAUAAAUGUUACUUGUAUCUUACGAUGCUGUCACUGUGUGACAUCCCAUGUUGAUCACACUGCACUCAAUCAGCUGUGAUAAUUAUUGCUUAGAAAAUGCUGUAGGUAUCUCUAGGAGGCAGUGUGACUUCUUUCCUUACAGUUCAAACAAUGUGAUUAUGGUCCUGAAAGAUAUUUGAGAUAUCAGCUGGGGCGGCGGGUGGGGGUGGGCUUUUUUUUGUUUGUUUUCUAACAGUUUUUUUAAAAGAAAAACUAUCAAGCUGGAAAUGAUGAAAUGCUGUUUUUGUUCAUUGUCAACAGUGUUGUGUUCAUCUGAUGUAUGUUCCUUAUUCGUAAGGAACACAAGAAAAUAAAAUUAUUGAAUAAGCAGA